AUGGUUCUCGUAUGGAUUGCUACUAUGCUGCAAAUGGUGAUUUCCUUCGAUAUCCAGCAAUCUUCGGAAGUGAACACUGAAGAUAGUAUAUCAUUAGACGCAAUCCGGGGGCGACGCGGCGUAAUAGAAGAAGAAAAAUAUUACAAUAUACAUUCUGAAACGCGACAAGACAAUAUAAAUCAACGUACACCUUGGUUGCCAGGUUCAUUACAUUCCGGUGAAGAUCAAACCACUAAAAUAUCAAUUAUUAACGACGCCAAAGAUUCCUUGCCAUUGCAUCAAACAACAGAAAGAGUAACAGAUAAACCAACUGGACGAGGAGCGAGGGCUUCUAAUGAAAACUGGGUAAAACUACCCUAUCCUUCACAUGAUGAUACCACUAGAGAUAACAAUAUUCUAACUCCUCCGCAGCCUACAGGCGAUCUAAUCAAUUCUCGCAUGCCAAGAGUCAACUUUGUCACACAAAACAACGCCUUAGAGGCGUCUGAAUCUCGUGAUAAAGAAUCUAUACAAAGAUCAACGCGAACGGAUGACAUAAGGACCGAAUUCGUACGACCCGAUGAAAACGAUUUAUUACGACAAAAGCCUAUAUAUCCCAGGCAAGCGAUGUAUUAUCCAGAAGAUCCAAGACGUCAGUACUACGAUGAUCGAUACCAUAAUGACGAUUUAUACAGACGUGAUCCGUAUUAUGAUUUAUAUGAUCGCAAAAGAUAUUAUCCCGGCCCUAGAGUUGACAGGUACGACGAUCCUUACGAUAAUUAUGUGCCGCGAAAACCAAAGAGGAUCAUCUACUACGCUCACCUGCCAGAAGUAGUACGAACACCGCCCAGUGUCGACUUAAGAUAUCGAUAUUCCGUUGAUCCAUAUCGACGAUUCGAUGACGAUUAUUAUGCGAGAACUGGCAGGUAUGAUUACAGAUUUAGAAACAGGCACCCUUAUGCUGCUUUAACAAAAGAGGAGAGGAAAUAUAGAGACUUGGCCAGUGCUAGUACUGUUAGUAAGGACAAAAAUGUUGAAGAAAAAGUAACCCCUACGCCAAUAUUAUCCAAGAAGGAAGAGAAGUUUACUAAUACUAACAAUAACAGAAAUUCAAACAGAAAUAAUAUAAACAGUCAUCAGUAUCAUGAAGAAGAUUCAAGUUAUAAUGAUCAAAUGAGUCACAAAGGUUUCCUGGAUAAUAAAAGACCGGACAAUGGAUAUUUCAGAUUUGAAGAGCCUUUGUUCCACGCUUCCAUUGAGGACCCCUAUCAAAGAAAAUAUUAG